ACAAACCCUAGCAAAGUUUACCGAGACGCAGCAAAAGGUUGAUCGAAGAUGGUGCAGCGUCUCACCUAUCGCAGGCAUCAUAGCUACGCAACCAAAUCCAAUCAACACAGGGUUGUUAAAACCCCUGGUGGUAAGCUUGUUUAUCAGACUACUAAGAAGAGAGCUAGUGGACCUAAGUGCCCUGUUACUGGCAAGAGAAUUCAAGGAGAAGUGUGAAGUCUGUGAAGAAGAAAAUUAUAAAGAAGAUUGUGAAAAAAGUUGUCAGUAAGACAAAUGAUACUGCAAAGAAACCAAGUGAGAAGGAUGUUGUAGACAAAGUCGCCACAUCAGAUGUUCCUGUUGAUGAGGUCAAGCCUUCUGUGGAUCCUACUGGGAUUCAGACUUCUAGGAAAGACAUAGUUGCGGCAGAUAUUCCUGAUGAUGAAGGGAAAAACGACAAGGAAAUAAACAGUUCGGAAGGUAAGCCUCUGGACAAACUGGAUCCAGCAGUUAAUUUAGGUACCAAGGAUGCUACCGUGAAAACUAUAAUAAAGAAGAAAAUUAUCAAGCGGGUACCUAAAAAGAAGGUGGUUGAUGAGGCCUCUAAAUCUGUAGUGAAUGAGGAGAAUGUUGCAGGCUUGCAGCAGUUCUGCCAAAGGAUGGUACUGACAGCACUGGCAAGCAGACUGCCGAUGCAGACACCAUAGUGCCCGAGGCCAAGAAACCUGCAAAGGUAGUAGUAGUAACCAAGAGAAAGUUAAAAACACCAACCUCUGGGGUGAAAGAUGAUGCAACUGAUUCCAUCAAAAGAGACACAAAGUCUGAUAAAAAAGAUGAAGAGAAUGCCGUGGUAGCUCCUACAAAUGAUGUUAUACAGAGCACCGGCAAGCAGGCUACUGAUGCAGACACAAAUAUUGUGCCGGUGGCAAAAGAGAAAAUUGUGAAGGUCGUUCCUAAGAAAAAGUUAAAGGUGUCUACCUCCGAGAAGCCAGAAGGUGCAGGUGAUUCCAUUAAAAAUGAAAUGAAGUCUGACAAUGAAGACAAGAAGGAUGGAAAAGGAACUGGAGAAAAAAGUGGAUCCAAGAUAGCUAAACAGAAAACCUCUGAGAAAGAUACUCAAAUUGUCAAGGGGAAACUUAAAGUUGGGGAUAAAUCUAAAGAUGAGAAAGUAACAAAAGAGAAAGAUGGAAAAAAUGAGCCUAAAAGCAAAUCUAGUAAAGAAGUGAAAGAGAAGAGGAAGUCUGAUGAACCUCCUCGGCACCCUGGACUUAUUCCAAAAACAAAAUCGACAAAAGAUUCUAAACUACGGUCAUUGUCACUGUCUCUUGAUUCGUUGUUGGAUUAUACUGACAAAGAUGUUGAAGAAUCAACACUUGAGCUUUCAUUGUUCGCCGAAUCAUUUUAUGAAAUGCUUCAGUUUCAAAUGGGCAGUAGGAUUUUGACUUUUCUUCAGAAACUGCAUGAAAAAUUUGUGAUCAAAAGAGCUCAGCGAAAGAGGCAGCGGGAAGAGGAGCCUGACAAGGAUAAUGCAAACAAGACACCCACAAAAUGUCAAAAGGGUGAUGAUCCUUCUGUUAAGAGUGAGACAAAAGUGGACGCAUCAAAUCCAACCCAGGAAGAUAAUGAGAAAACUGUUGCCGAGAAUGAUACUUGUAGUAAUAAGGAGGAGGAUGUGAAGAUGGAAAAUGCAUCAGAUGAGGAAGUAGAGCUGGAAGAAGAGGACCCUGAAGAGGAUCCAGAAGAGGAAAUGGACAAUGAUAGUCCCCAACACGACUCAUCCAAUGAUAAAAACGCUGAGCAAGAGGCAGAUGCAAAAAAUGAAUCUGAAAAUGUUACUAGCAAUGAAAAAGCAGCAGAUGAAACUUCUAAAGGGGAAAUAAAGGUUAAAUAUGAGGUGAAAGAGUCCAAAGACAAUGUUCAACUCAAUGAUGAAAAGGAAAACAAGGUUGAUAUAUACAAUUAAGAAAGAAACUACUGCUGUUACGGAAGUUGUCGUGGACAAAGAAUUGUUGAAGGCUUUUCGAUUUUUUGAUCAGAAUCGUGUUGGCUACAUUAGGUUGCAGAUUCAACACUUGAGGCCUACAGAGUACAAUAGAUCAAGGUUGCCUAGAAACCGUUGGACUGUUAACCGUGCAUAUGGUGGAGUUUUGUCUGGAGGUGCUGUUAGGGAAAGAAGAACAAGUUUGCAAUUACUAAUGACAAGGGUAGGCUCUCAAAGGAGGAGAUUGAGAAGAAGGUACAAGAUGCUGAGAAGUACAAAUCGGAGGACGAGGAACACAAGAAAAAGGUGGAGGCCAAAAAUGCUCUUGAGAAC